GACCAGACGCCAUUCCUGUCCGACCGGUUCGAUGUCAAUGAUUAUGCCAAUGCUGUCCUUUCUGGCAAUGUCUACAGACCAGAUGAUCCACAAGCUGGCUCUUCUACGGACAGAAGUAGGAGUGAGGAUAAGUCAGGUAUAGCAGAUGCCGGUGUAGAGCUGGCACGUCUCAGCUAUGGCAUCGAAGAUGUCACCAAGCAGCUCCGCCAGGAGAUCGCAAACUCAUAUCCCCUACUCCUUGCUCAUCUGACGACAUCCCUAACUCUUUCAUCCCAUCUGGCUCCAAUCCGCUCUUCCCUCAGUUCGCUUUCCAGCUCCCUUGACCGUCUACAGACGAAAAUACAUACGCCUUACGAGCAUCUUUCACUUCUUGUACGACGGCAACACCUUUUGGCUUUAGCUUCGGAUCUGACCCGCCGGGCAGCACGGUUUGUGCUUGUGGCUCGUAGACUGGAGGGACAGAUGAAGAGGACCAAGAUCGCACCAGGUGGUAGCGGUGAAGGAGAGAAGGAGCGUGAACUGGCGAAAGCUGCUUUGAGCGUAGCAGAGCUUGACGCUUUAUUGAAGCCUCCUGAGAUAGCGACGGAGGAAGGAAUGCCUACCGAAUCGGACCCACUACCUUUGGAUUCACUAGCUUUUGUGCAGACUUACCAACCGGUGGUGAACAAAGCCAGAGAUACAAUCAUCCACGAGAUGGAGGAUAUGGUGAUCAACGGCUUAGCAGAUCUUAAUCAAGGAUUGAUGUCAUCGUCGCUUCAGACAGCUCACAAUCUUGGCUUGUUAUCCGCUUUGGUGCAGAAUCUACUCAUGGACCUUAACGACGCUGUCACUUUGCGUGUCCAACGAGCUUUCGACUCUGCUGCAAUUGGUCGAGAAAAGGUUAUUGAGGACAUUGCCAACUGUUGCAUCAAGGUGUAUACUUUGGAAAAAGUACUGCGGAUGAAGAGAGAUCCCAAUACCCAGGUUGACUUCUUAGAAGAGGUUAUGACGACCUUGGACGACAAGCCGUCUUUUAUGUUCUGGACCACACUAGCAAAAGCGUUCGAAGCGCAAACCAAAGAAGUGGCAAAGUCUUCAGUAUGGCUGCAACAAGCUCUGAGCAACGGUUAUCCCCGUCUGUUACGUCUUUUUCACGAUUUUUUCGCAAAGAUUGCGGUGCACACGGAUACGAUAUAUACUCGGGAGCAUCAAAGCCCUGAAGCUGUUCUGGUACUCAGAUCAGUAUCUGUCUUUGAGACUCUCUAUCUUUCUCGAGGGACGACUCGAAUGAACGAGGCUGUUACCUCUGCUCUGUCACAAUACUCUUCCGCCAGACAGACCGCACCCGGGCCAUCUGAUGGCGUGACAAUAGCUCGCACGAUCACGAACGAGCUAGACUCUGCCAAAUUUGAUCCUUUACUAGCUCGAACAGUUGCUCGAAACGCUGUCAAAGUCCUAUCUACUUUUGGAUCCCGUUUGGAUGCCAUGAUUGUUCGAGAUUUCACUGCGACUUCCUUGAUAGGGCCAUCGGCGACUCCGGCUCAGUUAGUCAAUGCCCAAGCUGUUGGAUGUCUAUAUCAUCUCCGGUACAACCUGAGAUCUGUCGAGCAUGAUUUCUCCGGACGGGUGUGGGAUAUACUCAAAGUCUCUGUCGAUAAUCUUCAAUCAUCACAUAAACGUAUAACAGAUGCCCUUGAUAUGGUGAUUCGACGAGAGAUCGGCAGUGCACUAGCCAGAAUACACAAAGUCGACUUUGCCAAACCCGUUGAUCCCAUGUCAAUGGGAAACAGGGGAGGUAGUCCGUACAUGCAGGACGUCAUUGAUAAGCUCAAUUUUGUCAAAGUGGAGCUGCUUGGGAGAAUGUCAUUAGGGGAUUUCAUGAGAGAGUGGAUAUUGGAUUUGAGUAGAUAUAUCAUUCGAACCUUCCUUCUACACGCUAGUAUAGCACGGCCAAUGGGUGAAAGUGGCAAGCUGAAAUUGACGGGAGAUAUGACUGAACUAGAGAUGGGGAUCGCGAGUCUGUUGAGCACCGGUCAAGUUCCUGGGCAACGGGGUGGAUUGAGAAUAGAAAAGGUAGGCGAUGAGUAUCUAGCCUUGAGGGGAUUCCGUUCAAUCCUCUUCGCGCCACGUUCAUCUUUGUCCAACCCUGUUGAGACCGUCCAUCUCCCCACCCUCAUACUACUGCAUCACAUCAUAGUCCUCUCGCCUCUUCUGCUACCACAUGAAGUGCAUCAAUGGUCCGAAACCGAGUACGUGCUAUGGGUGCAGAAACACGAAGAGGAAGAACAAUGGGGUCUACUUGAGCGGGCGAUAGAUAGUCAGUUAGUCUCCAAAAGCAUCAAUAGUGAUGGAGAGAUAGAAGGGGAGGAAGAAGAGUCUGUGAAGUUGAUCAGGGACGUAUUGGUACAUGCCAGAGGUCAACAAGUCACAUAG